AUGGCGUGGGGUAAGAAACCGCAACCGCCACCCCCUUCGGCCCUGUGGCAAAUUAUCCCCCUCGUCAUCACCCUCCUCUUCUUCGCCGGUGUGGCCUUGGUGCUCUGGCAGGUUUACAUAUCCGCCACCAAGAUUCAAGAGUCCGCCUCGGAGCGCAUGGGCAAGAAGAACGUCGUGUUCACAAAGGAUGGCGUGCGCGUCGGCGUCAAGCACACCUCGAACGAGAACUACGUCGACAAAACUCAGAGCUGGGUCGUCAAGGCCUGGAAUCUGAGUGGGAAUACUGCCGGCCAGAUCAAGAAGACCAAAUGA